AGGCAGGAUCUUGUAGAGAGUAGCGUGCUUCCACAGCAGUACCAGCAGCAGCAGCAGCAGCAGAGCAGCAUGUUGUUGGAGGCACUGGUGGCACUGCUGGCACUGGCGUUGGCUCUAAGGGUCUACUUCAGGGUCACUUCCGGCCGGUGCCACUCCCAGAGGUCACUGGUGGGCAAAACUGCAAUUAUCACUGGUGGCAGUGCAGGUAUUGGGAAGUACACAGCCAAGGACCUGGUGCGUCGAGGAGCGAGGGUGAUCCUUGCUUGUAGGAACCUGGAAAAGGCAAAUAAAGUGGCAGCGGAGAUCAGAGAGUCUCCAGGUAGCGUCGGGGAGGUGGUCGUGCGACAUCUGGAUACCUCCGACCUCACCUCCGUCAGGAAGUUCGCCGAGCAGAUACUCCAGACAGAGACUGCCAUCCAUAUCUUGAUCAACAACGCUGGUAUCCUGGGACCGAAGGAGAAGCAGCUGACCGAAGAUGGAUUAGAACUGACCAUGGUGACCAACCACUUCGGUCACUUCCUCCUCACCAACCUCCUCCUAGGGCUGCUGAAGAGAAGUGCUCCUUGCCGGGUGAUCAACGUGUCGUCCGUAGCACACACGGCGCCCAAGAAGCUGGAUCCAGACUCGUUGAACUUCGAACACGACAAGUACGACGGAAUAACAGCUUACGAACAGAGCAAGCUGUGCAACGUGCUGUUCACCCAGGAGCUGGCUGCCAAGCUGUCAGACUCAGAGGUGACAGCCAACAGUCUUCACCCCGGGGUCGUCCACACCGAGAUAUUGGACAGUCAACCCAUUAACCUCCGAUAUUGUGUCUUCAAGAUUUUCUUCACUGUCUGCAAGGAUUCGGAGUUAGGAGCCCAAACUUCCAUCUAUCUAGCUGUGGCGGAGGAAGUAGAUGGAGUGAGCGGACGAUACUACGUAGACUGCAAGGAAGCUGAGCCGUCUCAACUAGCCCAGCAGAAGCGUCUAGCCCAGCAACUGUGGAAGGCUAGUGAAGUGGCUGUUAAACUUCAACCCCACGAGAAGCACUACUAGCCUGCUCUUUACUAGCCUGACUAGCAAUUUACAAGCCCAGCUAGGUCUUUACUAGCCAGGCUAACUUUUUACUAACCCAGCUAGCUCUUUACUAGCCCAGUUAUCUCAUUACUUGCCCGGCUAGCUCUUUUCUAACCCAUCUACCCCUUUAGUUCACCAGCUAGCUCUUUACUAGCCCAGCUGCAAUACCGGGGCUACACAAUUCUACAGCCAACAAUACCAUGACUACAACAAUUCAUAGCCUACAAUACCACGACUACAACAAUUCAUAGCCUACAAUACCAUGGCUACAACAAUUCAUAGCCUACAAUACCAUGACUACAACAAUUCAUAGCCUACAAUACCAUGGCUACAACAAUUCACAACUAACCAACAAUUCGAGGAAGGAAGUCUGGAAGACAUUUGGGUCCUACGGUCGGUGGUCCAGGAGAUGCAAAACAGUGCACCAGUUUCUCUGAAAAUGACGCCGCUGUGGCGUCUAGUCACGGAAUUGUAGGUUAGUUGUGAAUUAUUCUAGCCACGGAAUUGUAGGUUACUCUCUACCUUAUAGUCAUCUGCUAGCACAGUAGUUUACCUUCUAGCCAGCUAAUAUUAAAAUAGAUUGCCUUCUAACCAGCUACUAGCACAGUAGUUUACCUUAUAG